CAAAUCGGACCGGCCAGAAUAAGAAAGGACUAACCUAUUAACUCUUUCCCCUCAAUACUUGGUUUACAAAAAGAGCCAAAAUUAAUUAAACCUUGCAAAUAUAAUAAACAAACGUAUGUAUCAAAGACUCUGUAAUCUGCAUGAUCAGAAGUUUAUGUAUAAAUAUUUCUUUCUGUUUUGUGUUGAAGAAAACAAUGCAUGUACACAUGGUGCCACUGUUUUCCUGCGCGUGACAUGAUCUCCCUUGUAUACUCAAGCACACACGCAGAGAGAGAGAGAGAGAGAGAGAGAGGUGGUAUACUGGAGCUAUUUUAAUGGCAUUCUUUCUAUAAUUAAUUCUUUCUUUCUCUUUUGAGCAUUGGGUUUUGGGUUUUGCUUGGUGAAGCAGUGAGGGGACUGAGAGAGAGAGCUAGCAGCAGUGGUGGUGGUAGUGGAGGAGUUUUGAGGAAAGAGAAGGCAGGAGACCCGAUGCAAACGCGUGAAGGAAGGGUUGGGAUUUGAGGCAAUGUCGAUGCCGAGGUCGAGGCAAUCCCACAACAACGACAACUUCAGCAGGACCACCUUCAUCCUCCAUGGCAAUUUCUGCUCCAUUCUCGCCGCCGUCGUGGUCGUCCCAGUUCUUGUUUUAGCCUUUCACGUCGGACCAACCGUGGCUGCAAACCAUGAAGCGCUUGCACUUCUGUCUUGGAUACACAGCUCCCCUUCAGCUCCCUCCUUUUCUUCUGUUUUCCAGAACUGGAACCCAGAAGAUCCCAACCCAUGUAACUGGACUUACAUUACCUGUUCUCCUCAAGGCUUUGUCACCCAGAUUAUCAUCCAGUCUGUUGAGCUUGCACUCCCUGUUCCUUCCAAUCUGUCCUCGUUUGUUCACCUUGAAAAGCUUGUCAUCUCUGAUGCUAAUCUCACCGGGACCAUCCCGGCUGAGAUUGGUGACUGUGCCAAGCUUUCAGUUCUCGACCUCAGCUUCAAUGGCCUAGUUGGUAGUAUUCCUGCAAGCAUUGGAAAGCUCCAGGAUCUUCAAGACUUGGUCUUGAACUCUAACCAGCUCACUGGGAGGAUCCCCAGUGAGCUCGGCAACUGUGUCAGCCUCAAGAAUCUUCUACUGUUUGAUAAUCGUCUCGGAGGCAACCUUCCGCCUGAACUAGGCAAGCUGUCGAGUCUUGAAGUUCUACGUGCCGGAGGGAACAAGGACAUUGUUGGGGAGAUUCCACCCACGCUCGGGGCCUGCAGCAGUCUGACCGUUCUUGGGCUAGCUGAUACUAAAGUUUCUGGCCCCAUACCUGCGUCACUUGGUAGGCUCAGAAAGCUCCAAACGAUCUCUAUCUACACUGCCAUGCUCUCAGGUGAGAUUCCAGCAGAGAUAGGUAACUGCCCGGAGCUUGUUAACUUGUACUUGUAUGAAAAUGCUCUGUCGGGUUCGCUUCCACCGGAGCUUGGCAAGCUUCAGAAGCUGGAGAAGAUGUUGUUGUGGCAGAACUCCUUUGUUGGGGCUAUUCCGGAUGAGAUUGGGAACUGCAGCAGCCUGAUGAUGAUUGAUCUCUCGCUGAAUUCUUUCUCUGGAAUCAUACCUUGGUCUCUCGGACGCCUCUCGGAGCUCCAGGGGCUGAUGCUCAGUGACAACAAUAUAUCUGGUUCGAUACCUUCUGUGCUUUCCAACUGUACAAACCUGAUUCAAAUGCAGCUAGACACCAAUCAGAUCUCAGGCUCGAUCCCACCAGAGCUCGGAAUGUUGUCUAAGCUGACAGUCUUCUUGGCGUGGGAGAACCAACUCGAAGGCAGCAUUCCACCCACUCUGGCUUCUUGCAGUAGCCUCCAGUCAAUAGAUCUGUCUCACAAUUCACUCUCUGGUAGCAUCCCAUCUGGGCUGUUCCAGCUCGGAAAUCUCACAAAACUUCUCUUGAUAUCUAAUGACAUCUCCGGUCCAAUUCCGGCGGAGGUCGGUAACUGCAGCUCUCUCAUUCGGCUGCGGCUUGGAGACAAUAGGAUUGGUGGAGCGAUCCCAAGAGAAAUUGGUGGACUCAAGAGUCUCAACUUCCUUGAUCUUUCUGAAAAUCGUCUAACUGGGUUGGUUCCUGAUGAGAUUGGAAAUUGCACAGAACUGCAGAUGGUGAACCUAAGCAACAACAUGCUCGGAGGUGCUCUGCCUAACUCUGUAUCUUCUCUCACUGAGCUCCAGGUCUUGGAUGUUUCAGUGAACAAAUUCAUGGGUCCAAUCCCGUCUAGCUUUGGCCGUCUUGCUUCCCUGAACAAGCUUAUCCUCAGCCAGAACUCCUACUCAGGAUCAAUACCUCCAUCUCUUGGACUCUGUUUAAACCUCCAAUUGCUUGAUCUCAGCAGUAAUGCACUCUCUGGAGGUAUCCCAGUAGAACUGUGUCGGAUAGAAGCUCUGGACAUUGCUCUCAAUCUGAGUCGCAACGAGCUAACAGGACCAAUCCCAGCUCAGAUAUCGGCCCUCAGCAAGCUUUCCAUACUUGAUCUUUCACAUAAUAAGCUUGGUGGGGAAUUGACACCGCUCUCUGGGCUUGAGAACCUGGUCUCUUUGAACAUCUCUUACAACAACUUCACAGGUCUCCUUCCAGACAACAAGCUAUUUCGACAAUUAUCAGCAACAGAGCUGGCUGGAAACCAAGGCCUCUGUGCUUUUGGAAGGGACUCUUGCUUCUUGAGCAACGUUGCUGGAAUGCAAAUGGAAAACAACAGUGAUCUGGGGAGGUCAAGGAAACUUAAGCUGGCCAUUGCAUUGCUGAUUGCGAUGACUGUGGCAAUGGUGAUUCUAGGAACACUUGCAGUGAUUCGAGCACGCAGAGUAAUUAGAGAUGAUGAUGAUUCUGAGAUGGGAGUGGACUCGUGGCCUUGGCAAUUCACUCCAUUCCAGAAGCUGAAUUUCUCAGUAGAGCAAGUGUUGAAAUGCCUUGUUGAUAGCAAUGUGAUCGGGAAGGGGUGUUCAGGGGUGGUUUACCGUGCAGAACUGGACAAUGGUGAGGUCAUUGCAGUGAAGAAGCUGUGGCCAACAACAAUGGCUGCAGCAAACGAUGGUGACAAUGAUAGGUAUGGAAUUGGGGGCGUUCGUGAUUCUUUCUCUGCAGAGGUGAAGACCCUUGGUUCCAUUCGUCACAAAAACAUUGUGAGAUUCUUGGGUUGCUGUUGGAAUCGAAAUACAAGGCUGCUAAUGUAUGACUACAUGCCUAAUGGAAGCUUGGGUAGUCUCCUCCAUGAGAGGAGUGGUAGCUGCUUGGAGUGGGACCUAAGAUACCAAAUUAUACUUGGAGCUGCACAAGGUCUGGCCUAUCUGCACCAUGAUUGUGUUCCUCCUAUUGUUCACAGAGACAUCAAGGCCAACAACAUCCUCAUCGGCCUCGAAUUUGAGCCAUAUAUUGCUGAUUUUGGGCUGGCCAAACUUGUUGAUGAUGGAGAUUUUGCGCGGUCCUCAAAUACUGUUGCAGGCUCCUAUGGCUACAUUGCUCCUGAGUAUGGAUACAUGAUGAAGAUCACGGAAAAGAGUGAUGUUUACAGCUAUGGAGUUGUUGUCUUGGAAGUAUUGACAGGGAAGCAACCGAUUGACCCAACAAUACCAGAAGGGCUUCAUGUGGUGGACUGGGUAAGGCAGAGGAGAGGGAGGAUUGAGGUUCUGGAUCCCAGUCUAUGCAACCGACCUGAAUCAGAGGUGGAGGAAAUGAUGCAGGCAUUGGGAGUGGCCUUACUCUGUGUCAAUCCUUGCCCAGAUGAAAGGCCAACCAUGAAGGAUGUGGCAGCCAUGCUCAAGGAGAUCAGGCAUGAGAGAGAGGAGCAUGCAAAAGUGGACCUUCUCGUGAAGGAAUCGCCGGCAAAUGAUUGCCGGAACAGUGGUGGAGGUCUGACGUCGACACCAUCUUCAUCUAUGAUGACACCACACCCAUUGCCACAAUGCAACAACACCAGUUUCUCUGCAUCCUCACUCCUGUACUCAUCUUCCUCUAAUGUGAAAACAGCAUUCAAGUGAUUAAUUACACAGAAGCUACUGCCAACAAACAAAAGUUUGUCUUCUCAUAUUGAUCAAAAAAAAAAAAAAAGUUUGUCUUCUCAUCAGUCCUGUUUCAAAAACUUUUGUCUUUUGAUGUAAAAAAGAAAAUAUUAUUCAUUGGUGACAAGCAUAACAACAAAUAGGGCCAACUUUUGCAGAUUGGCUUUUGGAAUAUAUGAUUGUUGAUAUUCAUGGGUUGUAUGAUUGUAUCGUCCAUAUGUUGCCAUUUAAGUUUGAACUCGGUGUAUCCUCUAUAAUAAGCAUAAUUACAGAUACCAAAACAAUGGCCUACCUGUUGGAAAAAGGCCAGGUUAUUAGCUGAA